GCCGGCUUCCCUUUUGUCGCGCGGCCCCAUCGUUCCGGCCGUGGUGCGCGGGCGGAAAGUUUACGCGGACGGACAGUGCCGGUGAUGGGCGCGGGCAUUUCUCUGUUCCUAGCUGUCUUUUUGCGCUCUGAUUGGGAACAUUGGGAUCAUUUUCAUCAUGCCAACAGUGGUGGUAAUGGACGUAUCCCUUUCCAUGACCCGGCCUGUGUCGAUCGAGGGUUCUGAGGAAUAUCAGCGUAAGCACCUAGCAGCCCAUGGUUUGACGAUGCUGUUUGAGCACAUGGCCACAAAUUACAAGCUUGAAUUUACAGCCCUGGUGGUUUUUUCAUCACUCUGGGAGCUGAUGGUUCCCUUCACAAGAGAUUACAACACCCUUCAGGAAGCACUAAGUAAUAUGGAUGAUUAUGAUAAAACCUGCUUGGAAUCUGCAUUAGUUGGUGUUUGCAAUAUUGUUCAGCAAGAAUGGGGUGGUGCGAUUCCUUGCCAGGUUGUUCUGGUGACAGAUGGCUGUCUUGGCAUUGGUAGAGGGUCACUGCGGCAUUCCCUAGCUACUCACAGUCAACGAAGCGAGAGCAACAGGUUUCCGCUCCCUUUUCCUUUCCCAUCUAAGUUAUACAUCAUGUGCAUGGCAAAUUUGGAGGAGCUUCAGAGCACUGACUCCUUGGAUUGCCUUGAACGUCUCAUAGAUUUAAACAAUGGUGAAGGGCAGAUUUUUACUAUUGAUGGCCCCCUGUGCUUGAAAAACGUACAGUCUAUGUUUGGAAAACUGAUAGAUCUGGCAUAUACACCUUUCCAUGCUGUUCUCAAGUGCGGCCACCUAACCGCUGAUGUGCAGGUCUUCCCCAGACCAGAGCCCUUUGUUGUAGAUGAGGAAAUCGAUCCCAUCCCUAAAGUCAUCAAUACAGAUUUGGAAAUAGUGGGAUUUAUUGAUAUAGCUGAUAUUUCAAGUCCCCCGGUUCUGUCCAGACAUCUGGUCCUACCAAUAGCACUUAACAAAGAAGGUGAUGAGGUGGGUACUGGCAUAACUGAUGACAACGAAGAUGAAAAUUCAGCCAAUCAAAUUGCAGGCAAAAUACCCAACUUUUGUGUCCUGCUCCACGGCAGCCUAAAAGUGGAAGGAAUGGUGGCAAUAGUUCAGUUAGGUCCUGAAUGGCAUGGAAUGCUCUACUCCCAAGCUGACAGCAAGAAGAAGUCAAACCUCAUGAUGUCUCUCUUUGAGCCUGGUCCAGAACCUCUCCCAUGGCUAGGGAAAAUGGCACAGUUGGGUCCUAUUUCAGAUGCUAAAGAAAACCCUUACGGAGAAGAUGACAAUAAGAGCCCAUUCCCCCUGCAGCCCAGAAACAAACGAAGUUAUGCCCAGAAUGUGACUGUCUGGAUCAAACCCAGUGGCCUGCAGACAGAUGUACAGAAGAUUUUAAGAAAUGCAAGGAAAUUACCUGAAAAAACACAGACAUUCUAUAAGGAGCUAAACCGUUUACGAAAGGCUGCCCUGGCGUUUGGUUUCCUGGACCUGCUCAAAGGGGUGGCUGACAUGCUGGAAAGGGAGUGCACGCUGCUGCCCGACACAGCGCACCCGGACGCCGCCUUCCAGCUGACCCAUGCUGCCCAGCAGCUCAAGCUGGCCAGCACCGGCACCUCCGAGUACGCCGGCUACGAGCACAAUAUCACGCCUUUGCACACAGACUUCUCUGGCAGCAGCACUGAAAGAAUGUGAAGCUGACUUUGGGAGCCUGCCCGCUUUUUUCAUUUCAGGUGAAAAUGAUUUAGGGUAAAAACUUUCCAAUUUAUUCACCUCUGCAAGAGCCCCCCCGAAGACCUCCCUGAGGCUGCCUCAGAAGCACCACUUGCUGGUUUCAGUUCUCUGCUAGAAUCUGAGGAGGAGGGUUCUGAAGGCCGGUUGGCUGCUUGGGCUUUGACCUUAGCUUUCUGGGGCUGAGUCUUUAAGCCCAAAAAACCAUUGUUGCUCCCACAAUGGGCACAUCUCCUGAGACUCUUAAAAGGACUGAUGAGCACAGAGCUCUCCCCACUUCCUCAGGAAACCUAAUCAGCAAGGGUUCUCUGGCUUCCUGAAAGGCACCUUCUCUCCUGUCCUCUCCCAACCGUAAGGACAUUUUCCAGCUUCUGCCCUUGGAAUGAGCAGCCCAAACUGUCUGGGAUUUGCUAACUACAAGCCCAAUAUCGUUAAGUUUCAGAACUGUCUUUAGAACUUCGGCAAAAACUUGAUGGUAACCCUUUGGUGCUUUUAGUAUGUCUUCAUACAGACUUUUAAACGGCAACCAUAAAUGUAUAAAAUGAUUCCCACUUCUUCAAGUUUUGUUUGUUUUUUAAUGAAAAUAAAAUACUUGAUUUUCUAUAAAAUAGAUUCACUGGGAAACUAAUGGGUCUUCGCCUUUCAGUCUGUCCUAUUCACCUGAAUGUAAUUUCAACUUCCUAAGUGGCACAGAUUCAUAAAUCCUGAGAGUUCCUUGGGUUCCAUGUGAACUUCCUUGUUUCUGACACUGGUUAGGUCUCUGCCUAAGCCAGGUUCCACCCAAGUGACUUCUGACUGAUCACUAUAGUCAGUUAUGGUACCAAUUCAUCAUGACAUUAGGCAAGUCAGGUAACUUCUCCGAGCUUUCUGUCAUCAGUGCUUUUCAGAUUGCUCUGUGGACUUCCUGAGGUUAUCCCUCCCGCAGGCUUCACCCCCAAGCAACCAUUUUCACAUGCUGAAU